UUUGAGUGGAAGACUAAGUUCUUGAAAACGCUUAUAACCUUUCAUAUAAUUAUAAUUGUUUAUGCAUGUUGUUGUUGUUGUUGUUUUGUUAAUAAUUCAAAACUUCUGUUAAAUCUUUUUAUGUAUUUCUUAUUUCGUUUCCAAAAUUUCUUACAAUUGUUGUUCCUAUUCACUUUCGGCACGUUUUUAAAUAUAGACCAAUGAACGUUUUAGCCUAAAGAACACUUGUGGAAAAAUUAUUUUAUAUCCCAAAUGGAAAUGCUUAAGCACCCAUAUUGGAAGUUAGAAAAAUUUAUCGCUCCUCUAGCCUUUACAGUUGUCGCGCAAGAUUUAGCUGAACAGGCUUUGAAUAGGAGUUUGGCGUCUUCAACAAACGCGGUGGUAGAACUAGCAAGUUUUGGGAUAGCAUUCAAAAUAUUACAACUUUUUACUGGCGCUGUUGAAGAUUUGAAAUAUGUUAGUGUUGUCUUGUUGAGAUGUCAAAAAGAUCGGAAGAAAAUCAUCUUGUUUUCCAUUCUUUUUACUUUCAUGUCAUUCAUUACAAUGAUUGUUGUCGGUUUUACGCCUCUCGGUAAUGUAAUUAUAACCGAUCUUCAUGGUGUUUCUGAAGAAGUGACAAAAACUGCAACUAAAAUGAUAUAUAUGUUUUCUGUGUACCCUUUCCUUGAUGCUCUGGCUUGGAUCCACACUGGGAUUCUUAUUAAACACAAGUACAGUUUUGUAUGUGGUAUCUCCUCUAUCUCUGACGUCACUGUUCAGGUUGUUACUGUUGUAGCCAUUCUCCAAACCAACUUUAAUGACGUCAUCUAUAUUCCACUGAUAGCUAUUUAUGCUGGUGUUAUUACGAGACUGGCAGUGCUUCUAGUUGCGUAUUAUAAAUAUGUUAAUCACGUGAUACCUGAAGAAGAGCAUGAUGCUGAGAUGUCUCGGUUAACUUUCAAGAAUAUAUUAAACAUCUGGACACCACUGAUGACAUUCCGUUUGUGUCAACGCGUCAGCCGUCCGCUGAUUAACCUUUUUGUCGCAAGGGACAGACGUGAUGGUUUUACACAACAAAAUGGAACACAGGCGCUGGCAGUUCUUUCCGUUAUCUGGCCACUGUGUCAAAUUCCUUAUCGUUGGUUGGACGAAGUGAAGGUGUUGGAAUCAACUUUUGCUAAGACAUCUGAAGAAACCAACGAUUCGAAAUCAGUAAAAAGAAUCAGAAGUUUUGGAUUCUUUCAGUUCUUAAUAUCUUCUUUGAUCGCUGUAACAAUGUUUUGGAUUCCUGGUGCUGCGAAUUUUUUUCUUAAAAAUAUUAUAAGUGUCGACGACGAAUUUGUUUCUCGUUGUAUCGUACCGCUGAAAAUACUAGCAAUCAUCCCCCUACCUGUUAUCUUUCGCACGUUAUCAACUGGUUGGUUACUUCAUGUGAAACGCACCUCUGCGUUGUAUCCUAGUGUGAUUGGUAAACUUGGUUUAACACUUAUUAUGUUGGUGUUGCUUCCGAGAGCGGGUCUACAUGGUGCUGUGAUGGGGUCUACUGCACUGGUCACUGCAGCUAUGUUGGAAGCAGGGCUGGUUGUUCUAGCUGCAGGCUAUGUGAAAAUAAAAAGGCGGAGAAAAGAAAAACAGUGCAAAUCAACAGAGUUGACCGAAGAUGAACUUAAAGAUGAAAACACGCCCAUUAUCCAGUACACAAGCGCCUUGUAAAACAAAACGCUUCGACAAGGUCCACGUGAUGCUGAAAUUGUGACGUAUUUUAUGUGCACAGCCAGAAAACGCUUCUUCUUUGUUUUCUGCGAGAAGUAAAGAGAUUUCUGGAAAUCUUUAUUUUUUUU